CACGUGCCGCCCGACCUUGCACUUCACAGUCGUCUUGUAACGCUGCGGCAGCACGCAUCUCGCGGUCCUGUGCGAUGAUAGUAGCCAAGGUCGUCUAGUUGUGUUAUCUGUCAAGUGUUUGUGAUAGACUCAGCGAUGGAGACUUGUGUUCUGAUCCCGCAGGAGUUCUCGCUUGUGCUCACCCCGGGGUUUGCCAAGAAGAGGGGCCCCGACGUCGGAGUCAGUGUGUGGACCAAUGCCAAGAUACCCCAGGGCACCCUCAUCUACCCCUUCCAGGGAACGAUCCGUCUGGACAAGCUGGAGGUCUACAGCUACCUGGACGAUAAUGAUAUCCGACACAGAUUCGGCUGCUAUGACGAAAUCACAGAGGUAGACCGUCGAAGAGUUCGACAUUGCAACUGGGUACGCUUCUUGCGGACUGCCAACUCCUAUAGCCAAGAAGUCAACAUAAUAGGCACCAAAGUCAAAGGAGAGCCGAUAUACGAAGCAGUCAAGACCAUCCCCGCUCACUCCGAGCUUGUGGUAUACUACUUGCCAGAGAGGCCCGAAGAGGUGUUCUUCAUGCCUGCUGUGCACUAUUUGCGCCACUCUCUCUACCGCCGCACCAUGGACACAAUUUUGGAGGACUCUCCUCUAGAUUUGUCCAUGUCGUUGCUCUCCAGAGCUCUCAUCACCUCCUCGUCCUCUACGGCGUCGUCACCUCCUAGUGGUCUGGACACAGACGAGCGGAAGUCCCUCUCUGGGGAGUCCUCAGGGGCGUCCACGGCCGGCGACCUGCUCCUUGAGACACCCGGACUCCGCCCUCAACCGUCACCCAAGCGGCCUGCUAGAGGAGAGCGGACGUUACUUCCAUGUGAGGUUUGCGGAAAAGCCUUCGACAGGCCGUCACUGCUCAAGAGGCAUAUGAGAACACAUACAGGAGAAAAGCCGCACGUGUGCAUGGUCUGCAACAAAGGGUUCUCCACCUCGAGUAGUCUCAACACUCACAGACGCAUCCACAGUGGCGAAAAGCCACAUCAGUGUCAAGUCUGCGGGAAGCGGUUCACUGCUAGCAGCAACCUCUACUACCACCGCAUGACGCAUAUCAAGGAGAAGCCCCACAAAUGCGGUUUGUGCUCCAAGUCAUUCCCGACGCCGGGCGACCUCAAGUCACACAUGUACGUCCACAACGGCUCCUGGCCCUUCAAGUGUCACAUCUGCAACAGGGGCUUCAGCAAGCACACCAACCUCAAGAACCACCUCUUCCUGCACACAGGAGACAAGCCUCACGCUUGCGAACUGUGCCACAAGAAGUUCGCUUUAGCAUGCAACCUGCGGGCUCACAUGAAGACGCAUGAAGCAGGUGAGACCCAGGAGGAGUGCCUACGGUGCGGCAAGGUCUACCUUCCCGCGGGCCAACCCUCUCACGGCUACUGCCCGUCCUGCGCCGCCGCCUGUCCCCCACCCCCGGGCACGGAGUCCUCCAUGCGCUCCUGCGGUGACUCCGGCAGUGAGGAGUCCUGCGCCACUGAGGACCGCGACGAAGAGGAUCACAACUCUCAGGAGCCGCUUACCGUCUCCUGCUGAUAGAACACACGCCAAAAUAUCUAUAGUAAACAAAUCCGGUUUUCUCUAGAAGGGCAUUUUAAAAUGUCUACGUUUUGGUUGGUCAAAAAGCUAAUGAUAAUAUCGUUUCUGUAUGAAUUCCAAAAUGUAAAUCUGUAUUUGACUGGAAUCACUUAAAGUGCUGAAGUUUUGUUGAUACAAAUCCAGAACGUUCAAUGUAUAGACAAUUAACACUCAUUGAAAUGUCAGACUGUUUAAAUGUUUUAUAAGUUUGUCUCCUUUAAGCAAUUUUGAUAAAGCCAAAGAAAUAUUAUGUAUCUCACAUCUCAACUAUUUUGAAAAUAUAUUCACUACUAAUCUCUUCCCCCGUACUCUACCAAUAACGAUCAACCUUUCCACCAAGUUUGUUUUUUAAACAACAAUUCCUAAUUUAUGCAAUCUUAAAGAGGGUAAACAUGUAAUGAGAAAGGAGUUGGUUGUAGAGGGUGGAGAUUCUGCCUCAAAGGUCUCGGGUCCAAAUCCCGCACAUCAGCAACUACUUCAGGCAUGUGAUCACAAACUUAUAGGCCUAGCCAGAAGAUUUGUGUGAAACGGUUUCAGGGUAGAGCCUAUGGUAGUUUCUUAGGAUGUGGAAUAAGGACAUACAAAAAUUUAAAUGCUUGAAGCAUAAAUAGCUUGACUAUAUAAAACUUCUGUAAACACCUAUUGCUAGCCUAAAUACUUCAACUUCCAAGUCCUUUCAAAAGUCAACUUCGAGGUCAAAAAGUGCCAUCAUUAUCUCGAUUAUUUUCACAGCCUACAAAGAGCAACUCUUUGUCCACCUGGCCGCCAUGUUGCUGCCGGUAACUUGGCCGUUAUCAGGUGAUCUGACGGGUCGUUAUCAGUGUAUCAGCGCCGCCUUGCGAGGCCUUCAUGAUCGAUAGCCCAGAUACCAUCGCCGUGGCGUAUGGCGCGGUAUGGGUGGCCCGAUAUUCAGGUCGGACUAAUUCCCAACAAAUCACUCGCUAUUAGUUACCGUCCGGGUGGAAUUAUUCUAAAUCAGAGCGGGAAUCGCGGAUUCUUUUCAUUUUUUAUUCGGCAAAUUCCUGGACUGUUAUGCUUUUUCACAAUGUUUUUAUCUGUAGCCACAUUUUCAUUAAUUUUUAUUUUCAUCACUAUAUCAAUAAAGUAGACAGCACAAAAGUGGCUUGAUAUCUAAUAUAACUUCUGUUUAAUUGACAAAUGGAACUUUGACAUAAAAAGUUGAUGCAAUUUUAUCGGGCCAUUUUCACGUUGUAUACUCAAUUGAGAAGGAAAUGCAACUAGACAGGUUUUAACCCAAAGUUGAAUAAACUUUUAUUGAAAGGCCCUUUGUUGCUUUGCAACAGUUUUACAGAUCUUUCUUUAGCUAGGAUUCCUUAUUAAAAAUCGUCAAUUUAAUGCCCGUUCCGUGUGGGCUAUUAAAGGUCCUUCAAAUCAAACCAGCGAUUUUCCUCAUUCCUUCAUAAAAAAUAUUUUUAUAUAUGUGUUUUUACGCCUCAAUUAACUUUUGCUACACUGCCAUACAAACUUAACUAAAAUGAAUAAAAACUAUUUUAUUCAAACCGGUUUCUUUUGGGAACAAUAUAUGCUGUCAACAUUUUACAAGUAAAAGAAGAAACUGAAAAAUUCGAAUUUUCAAGUAAGAGACUCCCAGUACGGGGAAGGAGAUACGUACCAAUGAAUCAAAUAUUUUCAUUUUACUUAGUAAAUUAAAACCACAAACAAUUGCUUUUAUCCAUAUCACUAAUAAAUGACGUCUUAAGAAGUAAAGAAACAUUCAAAUUGUACAAAUGUAACAUGUCUUGCCAGUGUACAAAGUCCGUCCUUCUAUUUAGUCAUAGCUUUACGAACGUGAUAAUUUAUUUUAAUAUUAGUUAGCUUUUACUCUAUAUGAUUAAAAUGGUAGAAACACAUGCAAAACUGUGGACUGAGCUUGUGAUUUCUACUGGGAUUGAUGUUGGUGUACGAUUUGAUAUUUAUUUGUACAUAACGAUACACUUUAUUAGUUUAGAAUACUCAAAGCAUUUUGUAAAAAGGAUAUAUUUAUUUCCUUAGCUUAUGUUAUAUUUUAACAAAAUCAAAUGUCAAAAGCGUUUGAUUGCACAAAGAUGUAUUGUGAUGUAAUUAUAGUUUAUUUAUAGUUUGAUGUCUUAAAUUGUUUAAGUGAUAGUGCUGCAAUUUUGUGUCUUUUUCCAUAUUUUUACAAUUUGUUGUCGUUUCAUUUAGGAGUUGUGUAAUACAUACAAACACUGUUUUAUUGAAAAUUCUUAUACAAUGUACCUACGUAAAACAUUACUCAAAAAACUUAUACGAUUUUGAAAUUUAGAUUUUACUACCGCUUACAUAUUGCUCGUAUGUACAUAUGUAUUUAUUGCAAAAAAAACUAAACUCCACCUGAAUAUGCUCAACUGCUCAUUGUAGCUUGGCUAAUGUACAAUAAAUGCUUUAACACUGGUGUUUCAUAAUGUUUAUGUUAGUGUGCAUAUAUAUCUAGUCAUGUAUAUACCGAUGCUGUACAUGUUGUUUUGAAAUUACUAUAUUAUUUUUGUAAAUUAAAUAAU